AUCCAUGGGACUGGCCCUGUUGGUCAGUCAUUGAUUUUGAUUUUACAUCGCCUCGCGCGACUUUGCAUCAUCUUGGCUUGAAUGUCCAUUCUCGUCCUUUGUCUCGCGCUCCUCCGCCAGAAGAUCAACAGCUCGUCGUCUGACAACCAGCUCUGCCAAGGUAGCUGUACCCCGUGUUCUGUCCUUGCGACUGGCAGACCGAUUCCGCUCCUGUCGAGUUGAUUACUCAGUCCGGCGGUAGCUCAAAACUCGUAUCCGCAAGCCAUGGAUGGCUCUGGCUCUCCGUCCUCUUUACGACCCAUGGCACCUUCCCCUAGACCUCAGAACGAGGAGGAAGAGCUUCAAGUUGGUCCUAUAGAUCCAUUGUCAGACCCGGAGAGACCAAGCAUUGAAGUUGGCGUGGAAACGAUUCGACCGCCGCCUCCCCCUCCUCACCUAGACGAGAGUAGCAUUCAUGCUAUUGCUCAACGAGGUGACACACUCGCUCUCUCCAAGCUAUUGGAAUCUGACCGGUCCGUGAACCUAUCAACGCGAGAUAGCCAAGAUGUGACGCCAUUACAUUGGGCAGCAAUUAACGCUCAUAUCUCGACCUGUCGAUUUCUUCUAGAUAAUGGUGCGGAGAUAGAUCCGAUAGGAGGGGAGCUCAAAGCGACACCACUCCAGUGGGCAGCGAGGAAUGGACAUCUCUACGUCAUACAUCUUCUGUUGAGCAGAGGUGCAGAUCCUAAUGUACGGGAUGGUCAGGGGUUCAACACCUUACAUCUGAUUACCCAUUCCAGUGCGGUCAUGCCGCUUCUGUACAUGCUGCACCAACCCAUCGCUAUCGAUGAGAAGGAUGACGACGGACAUUCAGCUUUGAUGUGGGCCGCAUAUCAAGGUGGGACACAACACUGCAAUACGAUUUUGGUUCUUGACUGACGGAUGACAGGCGACGCCAUAUCUGUAGACCUCCUACUGCGUCACGGAGCGUCCGUCGAGACACGCGACAAUGCUGGUAUGACACCACUACAUUGGGCGGCUGUAAAGGGCUCGUCACCCUGUAUCAGGUAUCUACUAGAAGCUGGCGCAGACCUCGAUGUCAAGGAGAAUGCAGGAAAGACAGCGCGAGAUAUGGCGGAGGAGCUAAAAGGGAUUCUGCCGUUCCAGAGAGGUCUACAAGAGGCGGGAUACACGU